AUGUCCAAAGUGAUUAAGCCCAGUAGCGGAAAGGGUUCCAGAAGGAGUUCGAAGGGUAAUACGCCUGAUGCUAAGGCUUCUGCCCAUGCAAAGAAAAAGGAUUCGGUGAACCAAGAUAAGCCCAAUAAUGCUUCUCAGAUUACACCGGCAGUGCCGCAUUCUCAUCCAUCAGAUAUGGUAAUUCCUGACCAUUUGACUGAAUUGAUUCCUGAGCUGUCUUCUUUCCAGCAUUUGAUGGAUUCCGAGAAAAGAUUGGACCAGUUUAUUCAUUUACAAAAUUUACAUAUGAAGCAAAUGGUAGCGUUAUGGAAUAACCCCAAGGUCUCUCAAGAAUCUUCCUAUCUUCAUUUAGAUAAACCAAAUAUAAAAUAUCUCCGAAUUUUUAUUUCAAAUGUUAGUGAAAACCAACCUUGGCAAAUGGACACGGACAGUGAUCCUAGCCUUAUGGCAUUGGAGAAUGCUUCCUGGACAAUGAGAAUUGAAGGCCGAUUAUUGGACACAGUGCAAGCUAACGAUCCAACAAGAGAAAAGUUUAGCUCUUUUAUAGAGUCUAUAGUUGUAGACUUCAAAGACAAGGAAGAUAAUAGCGUGCCACCCAGGAAGGAGGAUUCUGCUUCUGCCGAAGAAAAUACCACCGAAAUACCUAACGAUAAAAGUGUGAAUUUGAGUUUGCCUUUGCAAUUUUCUCUGCCGAAUGGUAAUAACCCCACAACGAGCAACAUGGUUCAAAAUAAUGGCAUGAAGGAAGAAGAGACUGUUGGGAAAGACGGCAGUUCCACAACGCUCAAACUAGAACCAGUGAAAUGGCAAUACGACCCAAAUAAUCCUGUAGAUUUCGAUGGACUCGAUAUUAAGAGGCCGGGGUCUGAAAACGUUGAAUGUACCAUACGCAUACUACGCAAAUCGUCCCCUGAGGAGCCGUUUAUGAGUUAUUCUCCCGAACUGGCCAGGAUUAUAGGAUUAAAGAGGGGGACAUUGCAUGACGCGAUUUUUUCCAUAUACAAAUAUAUUCAUUUAAAUGAGUUGCUCACCGGGGAUGAGUCUGCAUUUGAAACUUCGAUGAAUAUUAGAAACAGUCACAGUAGUAAUACCAACACUAAUAGGUCACUCGAUGCAAAACACAACCAAACAUCCAUUGUCAAAUUAGACUUUCAGCUAUUGACUCUAUUACCCAGUGGCAUGAAAGAAUCUUCACGAGAAACAAUGAAGUUAAUGGAUUUGCUAGCUCUAAUUAAUGCACAUUUACUUCCAUUAGAGCCUAUUGAGAUCGAUUAUUUGGUACGUGUAGAUAAAGCAUCCACAUAUGGUGAGUUGAUUCUUGAUAUCGAGGUGCCCGAUACCGAUGCUCUAAAACUCAAUAGUAAACAGAGGGAAAGUCAAAUUGGGGCUGCCGAAUUACAUCUAAGCAAUAAGGAUUUGGAACAAAUCAGAUCAAAGAUAGAUUCGCAAGACAAAGAAAUAAGAUCUAUCUUGACAAACUUACACGAAAGUAACAAACGAUAUCGUUUUUUCAAAAAGAUUAGCGAGGACCCAGUUAAGACGUUAAAUGAUUGCAUUUCUUCUACUUCCAAUACCCUGAAGGUGUUAUCCGGUGAUGAAGGCUAUAAUGAAGAUAUGGUAAGAAGAGCACAGUUCUACACAGAAAACGAAGCCAUGUUGCGUGAAAACAUAGAAGUUAUAUUAUCAAACGGGCGAAUGUAA